CGGAAGCGGGGCGGGCGGGGCGGGAGCCGGAAGCGGCGGCCGAGGGGACGAUGCCGCUGCCCGUCCAGGUCUUUAACUUGCAGGGUGCAGUGGAGCCCAUGCAGAUUGACGUAGAUCCACAAGAAGAUCAGCAAAAUUCACCUGAUAUUAACUAUGUGGUGGAGAACCCCACACUGGAUUUGGAGCAGUAUGCAUCCAGCUACUGUGGGCUGAUGCGAAUCGAGCGGCUGCAGUUCAUUGCUGAUCACUGUCCACAGCUGAGGGUGGAAGCUCUCAAGAUGGCUCUGUCAUUUGUCCAGAGAACUUUCAAUGUUGAUGUGUAUGAAGAAAUCCACAGAAAGCUGUCUGAGGCCACCAGAGAACUGCAGAAUACACCUGAUGCUGUCCCCGAUAGUGGAAUUGAACCCCCUCCUCUUGACACAGCUUGGGUCGAAGCUACGCGCAAAAAAGCUCUUCUUAAACUGGAGAAACUUGACACAGAUCUGAAAAAUUACAAAGGGAACUCCAUCAAGGAGAGUAUCAGGAGAGGCCAUGAUGACUUAGGUGAUCAUUAUCUGGAUUGUGGGGACCUCAGCAAUGCUCUCAAGUGUUACUCACGAGCCCGUGAUUACUGCACCAGUGCUAAACAUGUCAUCAACAUGUGUCUCAAUGUCAUCAAGGUCAGUGUCUACCUCCAGAAUUGGUCUCAUGUUCUGAGCUACGUAAGCAAGGCUGAGUCUACACCAGAGAUUGCAGAACAAAGAGGAGAAAGAGACAGCCAGACACAGGCAAUUCUCACCAAACUGAAAUGUGCAGCAGGCUUGGCCGAACUAGCUGCCCGGAAGUACAAACAGGCAGCAAAGUGCUUCUUGUUGGCAUCAUUUGAUCACUGUGAUUUCCCUGAGCUGUUAUCUCCCAGCAAUGUGGCUGUUUAUGGUGGGCUCUGUGCCCUUGCCACCUUUGACCGUCAGGAACUGCAACGAAACGUUAUCUCCAGUAGCUCCUUCAAAUUGUUUUUGGAGCUGGAGCCACAGGUUCGUGACAUCAUUUUCAAGUUUUAUGAAUCUAAAUAUGCUUCAUGCCUGAAGAUGCUGGAUGAGAUGAAGGACAACCUGCUGCUGGAUAUGUACCUUGCACCUCAUGUCAGGACACUCUAUACCCAGAUUCGAAAUCGUGCCCUUAUCCAGUACUUCAGUCCCUAUGUGUCGGCAGACAUGCGCAAGAUGGCCACUGCUUUUAACACCACAGUGGCUGCUCUGGAAGAUGAACUCACUCAGCUGAUUCUGGAGGGACUGAUCAAUGCCAGAAUAGACUCGCACAGUAAGAUUCUUUAUGCUCGAGAUGUUGAUCAGCGCAGCACAACUUUUGAGAAGUCCUUACUAAUGGGCAAAGAGUUCCAGCGCCGUGCCAAGGCCAUGAUCCUGCGCGCUGCCGUCCUGCGCAACCAGAUCCACGUCAAGUCUCCUCCGAGAGAAGGUAGCCAAGGGGAGCUCACUCCAGCUAACAGCCAAUCCAGGAUGAGCACCAAUAUGUGAAAAACUUCGUGCACUACCAACAGAAAUGGUCCCUCAGGACUGUACCCAGUGUCUCACCCACUAACUGCUAAGCUUCACAAACUGUCCCUGUCUCCCUCACUUCUUGCUCAGAUUGAGAGGGUCAGGGCUGAUGGUGGAUAACAUGAAUAUUCCAAUAACUUCAAUUCUUCUUGAAAAGAGAUUCUUUCUAAAAAAAAGCAUCCCUGCAAUGGGUCAUCAUUUCAGUUUUGGUAGAACAUCUUCCUCCAUUCUCCUUCUACCACUCCAUAAAGAGCUGUCAGGUUAUUCAUACAGAUGCUGAGUUGAGAGUUUUUCAGCUGCUAUUAGUUUUCUUAUUUCUAAGCUGCAAAAAUAGUUGAAUGGACAGGCAUGAUAUAAGAUUAAUUUUGCUGGCCUGAAAGUAUUGCCUUGAUUUUGAGCAAUGCUGAGCUUUCUGUUUUCCAGAUAAACUUAAAAAUACAUUGCUCUCAAUUAUGGAGCUAGAGUUCUGAUGGGAGAGAUUUCCUUUGAGAAACUCUGAGUGAAUUUUCACCUGCACCAGAAAAUGUCAUCGCUUCCAUGUAUUCAGUCACAGGCCUUUAUUUUAGGGUUUUAUGUUUACCUGCAUCCAGGUUCUCUCUCUCUGGUCUCUGUUUUCAAAGACCUGUCUCCUGAUGCAUUUCCCACUUGUGUGUGGCCUGGCUUCGGGGUCCAGUGUUAUCAUAGCAGUAAAUCUCUACUUCAUGCAAAUAUUGCUUCUUGUCCAGUCUUACUGCCGUAGCGUGUGAUGGUUUCCCCACAUGUGCAACAGUUGUUUCUGGUAGCAUGGAUAAAUGCCAUAAAACAUGACUCUUGUGGAAGCGCUGAAAACAGUCAGUCUGGGUGUCCAGUCUCCAGGUGCAUUUAUUCUGCUUUUCCUUUUAUAAAGGGGUCAAAUGUGGCAGCCCAGGGUGUGUGUGUGUUUUUUCGUCCUGUGUUCAUGAAAGGAGAUGUGCACUGAAUUUUCUGAAGUCACUGCAGCCUUGUAUACAUCUAAUCCAUAAGGCAAGCUGAGAAUUUUGAUCCAGCCCUGAGUGGUCUGGGAACUGACUACAGAUGUUACUGUUAAUGCAUUCAUGCUUGUGUUUUUUUUUUUUAAUAAGUUGUUAUAUCUAGUGCAUUAAACAGCAGGAUUGAAAAGCUUCUGAGUUUUUGGA